AUGCCAGCGCAGAUGAAGGACAUUACCCAUGUCAGCCAGUGGAUCGUGUCUGGAACGCUCCUAGGGCUCGCCACAAAAGAGACUCGGCGAUGCCAAUCAAACAGCAUUAAUCUCAAAGAAGACGGCUUUGCAGGUGGGGAUGUCGGGGACAUCGGGGACCCUUUGUCUAACUCCCCGCAGGAAAUUUGGGAUACUAUGAUUGAGCUGGAAUCACCCCAGGAGUCCGAUGAUUCUGAAAUCUCUCCAUUGUCGGCCAAUCUCCCUCAGUUGCGUCCAGCAUCCUGCUUGACCCGCUUCUAUUCCGACCCGUCAUUGCUGUUUUCCGGUGUCUCCCCGGCCAGUGCACAGCGCAGUAUGGACCGCUUCACGGGGUCCUCGGUUUUUGAGCGUGAGCUGGAAGAGCGGGUGCAGAUCAUGUAUAGGAGCUCCACAGGCGUCUCUCCCAAGCCAUAUGCAUCUCCGGGUCAAAAUGAAGUCUCCCGCUCAUCAUCUGGAUCGGAUGAGACUUUGGACUCUGCCUCUUCAUGCUAUAGUCGUCGCACCUCGAUUACCACUCUCGGCAGCGAGUUCUGGGGAGAUGAUGGACGAUACCCUUACAAAACGGCUGAUGAAUACUCUAUCCAAUCCCCCAUCUCUGGGGGUGUGUUCGAUGAUGAUGCUGCUUCCCUUGCGUCACCAUGCUCUCCUUCGGUGGAGGUGCUCAGCCGUCUGGGAGGGUCAAAUAUCCCCGUGCAGCUACGCCCAGGUCCAGUCACCAAGAAGGUAUCGAUGAACGACCUCAAGAACAAGCCAUUGCCAUUGGAACCAUCCUUCGGCAUUAUUUCAAGCUCCAAUGACAACCUCGAUUACCCCCUUUCAGCGCCAUCGCCGCGCCCCAAGUCACAUCGAGCAAUGGCUCGUUCCCAGAAAGAAUCGCGAGGCUCGCCGCUGCAACACUCCAUCACGAUGAGCCAUGAAGACUGGAAGAAUUCGAUGUUACAACACCUGAAUUCCCGGGAAUUGCAACACACAACUCAGGCAUGGGGACACAGCCAGUCUAAGCCUCCGCCUCGGCCUCGUCAUACUCGAGCCCAAUCAGAUAAUGUAGGAGUCGCUGGCCCUCGCGCCCGCCAUGUCCCAUCGCUGUCGCAAGCGGCCGAGGACCUCGAGGCUGCCCUCGCAGGUCUGUCCGAUAAGGAUGGAUCGCAAAAAAAGCAGGUUGUUCUGGAUGGACCGUUGCAGAUCAGCCGCAACGGCGACUUGAUCGCGACCCGUCCCGCGCCCCGUCCUCCAUCUACAAAGCCUCACUCCCAGUCACCGCGAGGGUCGCCCCUUUCACACUUAAAGAGGGAAAAUCGCAUCAGAUCGGUCAGUCAAAGUCCGACCAAAGAAAAGAGUCAUCGACUCCUCAAAAAGGAAUCGAAAGAAAAAGCCCGCCCUCCUAGCAGGGACACACAGACAGAUGCAAAGCCCCUGAUAUCCGAAGCGAAAAAUAACGCAAAUCCCAAAGAGACAAAUCCCAGAAAAGAAAAACUCAGCAAGAAAUCCUUUCUGGCCUUCAGUCGCAAACAGAGCCAAGGGCUGCGCGAUGCAGUUAGCGUGGGCUCACGGUCGGAGCAUUCCCUCCACCUGACAGAGGCGCAUUCUUCCAAUCCCCAGGAUCUGGCCCCCACGCGCAACGAUCUACUACUUCAGUUACCGCGUCUCCAAACUAAUGAUCUCGAGGGGAAUCCCUUGAGCGACAUUGCUGGACUGGAUCAACCACUGUCGGGUAGCCCCGGUCUGCGAGACAUGGACUGUGCGGCUCGAGCCGAGGAGAGCGCCCAGGCCUCUGACAACAAGCUCCGUCAAAGCUGGGCUUUGGUCUCCACAGCUCAGGCGAGCAGCCUCCACAUCCCAGAACAGAUCUACGAACUAGCCGCUACUCCCCCGUCACCUUUAUCGGCGCUGCCUUCCCGUGUGCGCAAACAUGAUCAUGGCGUCGAGAUCACCCUUCCCGAAGAUUUGCCGGUAUAUCUGAUCUUCACGAUAAUGGAGCAGAUCGACUCAUUAGAUGAUCUCUUCAACUUCGUGCUCGUCAACAAGAAGAUCUAUACCGCUUUCAAAAGGCGCGAGCUGACUAUGCUGAAGAACGCUUUGUUUAAGAUGUCCCCGCCCGCUUGGGAACUGCGCGAGAUGAGCCCGCCGUGGGAAAUGGAGUGGCAGCUUUUGAUAGAUCCGGACUCUCAGGUUCCGGAAUACACGCCUACUCUGUAUCUGCAGAGGUAUGCACAGGAUAUCUAUACCCUUGCAAGGCUAAAAGCUCUGGUUCUUGCGCGGUGCGCUCCUUUCCUCCGUCGCGACACCAUCCGCGGUCUGGCAGGCGUGGAUAACAAACGUGCUGAGGAUGUCGAUGAUGCUUUCUGGCGGAUUUGGACCUUUUGUCGUAUCUUUGGAAGCGGCAAGGGGCGAGAGAAUGAUAUCACUGGUCAAAUGGAUUGGCUGAGAGGUGGAGUCGCAGCGAAGGGCCACUUCACUCCGGCGUCGACAAUGACACAGCCUUUUGGUAUUAAUACUGUCUUGUUUGAACCGCCGGAGGGAUUCGGUCGGGGUAAUCUCUCGGGUCUGUCGCAGAAGCAGAUGUACGAUCUAACGGAAAUUUGGACGUGUCUGGGUGUUUUAUUGCAGCCAUUGCAUGGAAAAUGCAUCGAAGCCCGCAAGGUGGGCAUCUUCGAUACUAUGAAUGUUCCAGAUGGUGACUUGGUCCGCGAAGAGAUCAUUCUCGAGGAAUGGACUUCCUAUAUCCUUACGCUCGGCCUAGGAGCAGUGUUGACACUCAGUUCCGUGUGCGCAACUGACACCACAGUCGCCAAAUUCACCAAGGCGAACUCAAUCGGCCUGACCAAAUGGGAUCUAACCGAAACCGAAGCCAGUCGAUCAUCCUUCCUCAAAGAGGCGGUCUCGCGCGCCUAUGAACUCCAAGAACGAACACUUGAAAGCCCAACUGAAAUCAGUCCCCAACAAACAGCAGCGCAGUCAAGUCCAAUUACCGAAACUUCCCGCGAGGACCGUCAACGCCAGGCCAGGUUCGCGCGCGAGCUUCGUCACCGCCGUGAACGCGGAAUCGAUCUCGACCCAGAACGUCGCUGUUCGUUCUCUGCUGAACGGCCCAUGUCAGAGUUCAGCGCUAUUGUCCGUGGUCUCAAUGGGUCGCUUCGAGAACGCCAGCCCGUGCCACCUGUACCUGCGCUUGUCCUCGAACGGUCCUCGACGUCUACUUUGGGGACAGCCCCUCAUACCCCGACAUAUCCGUCUGAUCCUUCCCCUCCCUAUGCGCUGUCAAAUACUCCUCCAGCUCCAGCCAUUAUAGCUCCUGUACCUCUACGGCCGCAGGUCCUAGAUCCUGUUGACCGCGCUAUCCACGUGAUUGUCAAUGAGCUCGGUUUCGAUGCAGAAGACGCUAAGUGGGCGCUUAAAAUUACAGAUACUGGUGAAGGGAUUGAUGCCCAUGCCGCUGUGAAGCUGCUCCAGCGUCAACGUAUCAAAAAUGAGCGUAAUCCCUUCGGCCAACGUGAUAGUCUGUUGUCAUCUGCUAUUAGGCGUCAGCAGUCGGAUGAUUCAGGGUGGCGUUGGGCUUGA